AGAUUUACAUUAGGCAACAAAGCAUGAUUAGACUUCCGGUCUGUCUGUCACACCAAUGACACUUCUCCAGUCAGGUCCUUAAUAUUGCUUUUUGUUAACCGAAUAAUUUUCAAAAAAUUAUUGCGAAAGAACCGUAAUCGAUAGAAAUGUGCGCUUUACAGCGUUCGAAAGAGACAAAAAAACUCUAGAGACCUAAACUUGAAUGGAAAGCAAUUUUUUGAAACUUUUGUUCUCAGGUUGCAAAUACUGAAUUUGCAUAAUCAAACUUAUAACCGAAUGACUUCAAGAAAUCCAUAGUGAAAGAACCUUAUUCGGUUGAACUGUGCGUUUCGCAGCAUUUGAAAGAAACGAAAAUUACCACAUAAGCUUUAUACUAAAUGUUUCCAUUACCAGGCAGACCUUAGGAAGUGCUGUAGAAACAAAAAUCAAUGAUGAUAAUUACAAAUAAUUUUAAAUAAAUGUAUCCUUUCUGGUUGACUUAAUUGGCGUCAUAAAAUAAUAAUAUUAAUAGGGAGAAAAGACCGAAUUGUAUUCAUGGCCUUUAGCAAUUACUUCCUGUUUAUUUUGGACCAAUGGAAAGUCAAAUGAUUACACUCUGGCUCAUUAAAAUAGUCAUCACUGUGCUGAAAUAUUCAUUUUCACAUUUAGUGUUGGAGCGCGCUGUAGAUAAUAUUUAAUAUAAAGCAAUAAAAAUGUAUUGAAUGUCAAUAAUAAUUUUUAGAAAAAUACGAAUGAAUCGUUAGCUUAAUGCCUAAACAAAAUUUUACAUUUUCACAUAAAUGAUUGUUAAUUCAAACUCAGACGAGCAGGUUUUGUGAUGUUGCUGGAAAAACAUCCGUGUAAGUUGAUUAUAUUCCAACGAUUUUCAGCAUUUUCAUUAUAUGAAUACUGAAAAUUAUUAAAUUGUUUCUGAGUUUCGAAUGGUAAAGACGCAAAAUGUUCAAGUUAACUUGGCGAACUUUAAUUGAAUUUCGCGAAUUUUUCAAUAAGCAAAGAUUUUUUCAAAAAUUUCAGUCUUUCGUCUUCGCGCUGUCUUUUACUUAUUUUUAUAGUUUCAUUCCAAAAAUUCGUUACUUUUUAUGGUUUUCAACAAGUUCCAUGUAAUUGACUGUAUUUUAUUCGCUUAAUUUUAAUUUUGCAUUUGCUUGUUACAUACGUUAACGCGUUGAAUAUUUAAUCCCGCUUAAUUUGAACUUUUGGUUCAUUUAAUUCAUAAUCAACGUAUGCAUUUCAGACACGCUGCUACCCGAAAUUUGUUCAUUUUUGAUGAUCUCCGAUCGUAUGAUUCUUUUAAACUGCAUUUUCGCAAUAUAUGACAUAAUAGCUGUUAGUGUGGAUAGCUAUUAUUUUACAACGGUGUUUAGUUGGACGUUCUUUAAGCAAUAUGGGGGUUCCUACUUUGCUCACUGUUAUGGUUUACUCUUAAAUGUUCUUCACCCUGUCGUAAUCAAAAUGUUUGCCGGACAACUGCGAAUGUUCGAGCGCUUAUUUAUAGUGGACACGUCGAACAUAAGUGAUCAAACUGCUGGCUUGUUAGUCUAUAUCAAGCAUAAGAUUAACGCUAUGUUUGUGGCGAUGAUAGUGGCAUCAUUAGCAACUACAGGGGUCAACGUAUACUUUUGGUGCCAGGACCGCGACCAGAUAAUGUUGACAUCUAAGCUAUUAACCGACUAUUUCUCUCCUGGUUCAAUUAUUGUAAAAUUGUUUAACUUCAUAGAGACGUUCGCCGAUAUAAUUGCCUGUAUACCCACUGUGACUAUUCCUGCUUACUUUAUCUACCUGUUUUAUCAUGUCGAAGUUCAAUUGUUGUUGCUUACCGAUUACGUGCGAUCAUUACACAACGAACAUGAACGAACAUUCACUAAUAAAAUGGGACUUUCGACUGAAAAUUAUCAUAGCAUUUCAAACAGCGUGAAGAAAAUCGUCAAAUGGCAUUUGGAGAUUAAACAGUACAACUACGAGAUAUUCGCAAUUAAUCAAAUGGUGCACUUUCUGUACAUUUGCACCGGAUUAUUAGUGUCGAUUUUUUCGCUAUUUUCACUCUUUUCCCCGAAUGGAAAUGCGCUUCAAAUAGGAAUAACAUUAAUAUCAUUUGCUUUGUUUGCUUACAUUCCAUGCGAUACUGCUGAAGAUUAUGAGGAGUUUAGCAUGCAUCUGUCUGAAGCGAUUUACGAUCUGGAUUGGUACAACUGGGACGUGAAAUGCCAAAAGUUGUAUUUGAUGUUAAUAACGCAUACUACAAAAGGUAUACAAGUAACGAUAUUUAUGCUAUUUGGGAUCAAUAAAGAGCUCCUGAAAAAAAUUGCCAAACUCCUUUACCCGGUAAUGAAUCUCCUAUAUUCAGCUAGCAAGUCCAAUUAGAGACUAAUCACAAUUAAGAAAAAUUUAACGAUUAACUUGGUUGUGUAGUAGUUGAGCCAACAAAUUGAAUAAAAUGCACUUUCGAACUA